ACCGGGAGGAUAUGAGCGAGCCAUGAGGCUGCUGAGGCGUUGGGCGUUCGCGGCUCUGCCGCUGCUACUGCCGCUGCUGCCCCCACCCGGUCUUGGGGCCCAGGGUCCUGCUGGAGCUCUGCAAUGGAGGGGCUCACCCCAGGUGGGGGGUCCAGAAGCCCCCGAGGUCACAGAACCCAGCCGACUGAUAAGGGAGAGCUCCGGGGGAGAGGUCCGGAAGCAGCAGCUGGACACCAGGGUCCGCCAGGAGCCACCAGGGGGCCUGCCUGUCCAUCUGGCCCAGGUGAGCUUCGUCAUCCCAGCCUUCAACUCAAACUUCACCCUGGACCUGGAGCUGAACCAUCACCUGCUCUCCUCACAAUACGUGGAGCGUCACUUCAGCCGGGAGGGGCCAACACAACACAGCACUGGAGCUGGAGACCACUGCUACUACCAAGGCAAGCUCCGAGGAAACCCGCACUCCUUUGCCGCCCUCUCCACCUGCCAGGGGCUGCAUGGGGUCUUCUCUGACGGGAACUUGACUUACAUCGUGGAGCCCCAAGAGAUGGCUGGGCCUUGGGGACCGCCCCAGGGACCCCUUCCCCACCUCAUUUACCGGACCCCUCUCCUCCCAGCCCCUCUUGGAUGCAGGGAACCAGGCUGCCUCUUCACUGCCCCUGCCCAGUCUGCUCCUCCAAACCGGCCAAGGCUGAGAAGGAAAAGGUCCGCAGGGGCCACCCUACGGUGCACAGUGAAACCAAGUAUGUGGAGCUGAUCGUGAUCAAUGACCACCAGCUGUUUGAGCAGAUGCGACAGUCAGUGGUCCUCACCAGCAACUUUGCCAAGUCUGUAGUAAACCUGGCUGAUGUGAUGUACAAGGAACAGCUCAACACCCGCAUUGUGCUGGUUGCCAUGGAAACAUGGGCAGAUGGGGACAAGAUCCAGGUGCAGGAUGACCUCCUGGAGACCCUGGCCCGGCUCAUGGUCUACCGGCGGGAGGGUCUGCCUGAGCCUAGUGAUGCCACCCACCUCUUCUCGGGCAGGACUUUCCAGAGCACCAGCAGUGGAGCAGCCUAUGUGGGGGGCAUAUGCUCACUCUCUCGGGGUGGCGGUGUGAAUGAGUAUGGCAAUAUGGGGGCUAUGGCAGUGACCCUGGCCCAGACACUGGGGCAGAACCUGGGCAUGAUGUGGAACAAACAUCGGAGUUCGGCAGGAGACUGCAAGUGUCCGGACAUUUGGCUGGGUUGCAUCAUGGAGGACACUGGGUUCUACCUUCCCCGCAAGUUCUCGCGCUGCAGCAUCGACGAGUACAAUCAGUUUCUGCAGGAGGGCGGCGGGAGCUGCCUCUUUAACAAACCCCUUAAGCUCCUGGACCCCCCUGAGUGCGGGAACGGCUUCGUGGAGGCAGGAGAGGAGUGUGACUGCGGUUCAGUGCAGGAGUGCAGCCGCGCGGGUGGCAACUGCUGCAAGAAAUGCACCCUGACACACGACGCCAUGUGCAGCGAUGGGCUCUGUUGUCGCCGCUGCAAGUACGAGCCACGGGGUGUGUCCUGCCGAGAGGCCGUGAACGAGUGCGACAUCGCAGAGACCUGCACUGGGGACUCGAGCCAGUGUCCCCCUAAUCUGCACAAGCUGGAUGGUUACUACUGUGAUCACGAACAGGGCCGUUGCUAUGGAGGCCGCUGCAAAACCCGGGACCGGCAGUGCCAGGCCCUUUGGGGCCACCAGGCUGCUGAUCGCUUUUGCUAUGAGAAGCUGAAUGUGGAGGGGACAGAGCGUGGAAACUGUGGGCGCAAAGGAUCAGGCUGGGUCCAGUGCAAUAAGCAGGACGUGCUCUGUGGCUUUCUUCUCUGUGUCAACAUCUCUGGAGCUCCUCGGCUGGGCGACCUAGGGGGAGACAUCAGCAGUGUCACCUUCUACCACCAGGGCAAAGAGCUGGACUGCAGGGGAGGCCAUGUGCAACUGGCCGACGGCUCUGACCUGAGCUAUGUGGAGGAUGGCACAGCCUGUGGGCCCAACAUGCUGUGCCUGGACCACCGCUGCCUGCCAGCCUCUGCCUUCAACUUCAGCACCUGCCCUGGCAGCGGGGAGCGCCGGAUAUGUUCCCACCACGGGGUCUGCAGCAAUGAAGGGAAGUGCAUCUGCCAACCAGACUGGACAGGCAAAGAUUGCAGCAUCCACAACCCCCUGCCCACGUCCCCGCCCACAGGAGAGACGGAGAAAUAUAAGGGUCCCAGUGGCACCAACAUCAUCAUUGGCUCCAUCGCUGGGGCUGUCCUGGUUGCAGCCAUCGUCCUGGGAGGCACGGGCUGGGGAUUUAAAAACAUCCGCCGAGGAAGGUCCGGAGGGGCUUAAGUGCCACCCCCUCCCUCCGAGCCUGGCACCCACCGUCUCGGCCCUGAUCCACGAGGCUGCCCCCAUCCAGCCACGGAGGGAGGCACCAAGCAAAUGUCUUCCAGGUCCAAACCCUUCAACUCCUGGCUCCACAGGGGUUUGGGUGGGGGCUGUGACCCUGCCCAUCAAACUACCAGAGUGGACCAAGCCUGGAGGGCACUUCCUCUCUGGUCCCCCACCCUCCUCAUGCGGCUUUGGCCUUGCACACUUAUUCUCCCUGUGUGAAUGUAGCUUCCAUCAUCACAAAUUGUCACAGUUCAAGUUGGGGGGGCCCGGAGGGAUGCCCCCAGGCAGCCACCAGUGGACAUGCCUGGGAUGGCCCCUCCUUAAAACCAAGCAGCUGGGACCAAGGUCCUAGCUCUCUGGGACUUAGGGGGAAGGGGCUGACAUCUACAUUUUUUAAAACUGAAUCUUUACUGAUGAAUGUAACCUUGGGGGUGCUGGGGCCAGGGAAAUUUCGGGGAUGUUUUGACAUUUGCAGGAGGGCCCAGAGGAGCUGAGAUGUGGCCAUCCCCUGGGUGCCCCCACCCCAGGAUGACCACACCUGGUGUCCUGUCACUGAGCACAGGCAGGGGCUGGGUAUCCCCAUUUUCUCCUUCCACCCAGCCCUGCUGAGCCCAGAGGAAGUACUGAGUGCUGAUUCAAACCAAAGCUGCCUGUGCCGUGCCCAAGGCCUAGCUUAUGGGCACAGCAACCACACGUCCCAGAUUGUCUUCAAUUCCAAAACACCUGUCCCAUUGUCCUUGCCAGGACCCAUGUAUUUGGGGUGGGGUGGGGUCUAGAAAAUAUAGUCCCUGAAAUAUAAUGGCACCUUUCCCCUUUUAAGAAGGGUGAUUCUGGGGCUGACUCAGGGUUUAGGUACCCCUGGUGUGGCCUAGAAGUCUCAGGCUGGGCCAUCUUUCCAGGGAGGACUCUCCCAAGUAGGGAAAGCCAGAGGUGGCCCAGUGCCUAAAGGGUUAGGGGCUCUUCCUGGGAUGUACAAGAGGAGGUAGGAAGGGGCAGGUCUCCUAGGCUUCCAGAAAAGUUCUCAAAGCCCCAUCCAACCCAUUCCACUCCCUAACCCCAUUCUAGGACUGAGUAGUAAGUUUACAGAUGUUUUCCACAUUAUGUCCUCUGAUCCUUGCUGCAGCUGACUGAGCUUGAGAGACAGGCCAAACCAGGCAGAAUUCCUCAGUCCUCCCCCCAAAAGUCCUGCCCAUGGCCUUCCCUCAUGACCUUUGCUUGGGAUGGGGGAGCUCUGGCUCCUUGACUGUAAAAGCUAGCUGGCAGGAGCAAGAUGGGGGACCAGCCUGUGGAUGAAAGCCACAAAUGGAUGGAGUCCCUGUCCUCAGGGAUACCCCGCCCAGACUUGGCAGGGGGUUCUGAACAUUCUGGGGACCAUUGAGCUGCCUGUUUUGAGUCCCUUUGUUACUGGGACAUCUUUGAGGAGGUUAUGGAGGAAAUGGCUAAUGGCUCCCUGUUUAUCUGCAUCACCCUCAGGGUCAGGCUGGGGCCUGGGACCCACUGGUUCUUCUGGGUGGCUAGAUGCACCUGGUGACAGUGGGCCCUCUCCCUGAGCGCCAGCUGGUACUGUCCACGUGAGGGCUAUGUGGGGCCAGCCCUGCUGUACCAGUCCCACCAGCUGAGAGGGGCAGCCACUGGGUUUUGCACUAUUGAUGCACUACCUUAAGGCAUCCGUCCUUUGGUGUCACACGUGUGCACACAGGUGGCAGUGCAUCUGCGGACAAGCAUUUGAAUCCACAUCUCUGCACAGUGAACACCUGUGCAUAGGUGGAUGUGUCUGUGUGUGCCUACAUACAGGGGGAUGGGGGUGUGGAGGACAUAAGACUUCUGUGACCAGAUCAGACCACCCUGGCUCCCAGCUGUCUGCAUCCUCUUGCCUCACCCUGGCAAGUGCCCACCCUGGUGGUGCCUGGGGAGGAGUGGAGGCUGCAUUGCCUGGGCCCAGACCUGGUGCCACACCACAUCCUGUACAUAAUGUUAUCUGGGCUGGGGGGGACAGGGAGGCAGGUCCAGGAGCAUCAAUUAAAGAUCACAUUCUGGGGCUUCCAUGGAGCUCACACCA